AUCAGCCCUCAUCAUUUUUACAGCCAGUUACUGCGUCUUCGCUAUUAACAGCCGUGAGAAGACGCAGCUCUGGGAUCAGCCCGGCCUUUGUUCCCUCGCUGCUUCCUGCUGCCGCUGGCACCAGCUCUGUUUGACUUUCGCCGUGCGCGAGGACGGCCGCCGUUCGCCUCCCCCUUCAGUUUCACCCACAGUUUGUGACUGAGAGGAGAAACCGCCAGCGGGAGAGAAGAAGAAGAGGAGGAGGAGGAAGAAAAAGAAGAAGACGGGAGACAAGGCAUCGGCGCGGUUGAACCGGAGGAAGCAUGUGCUGUACGGGGAAGUGCGCCCGGCUGGUGGGCCUGAUCCUGCUGCCCACCGCCUUCGUCUGCAUCAUCUGCAACCUGCUGCUCUUCUUCCCCGAUGGCCAGCGCCUGCAGACGGACCAGAUCUCGCUCCAGACCUGGCUCAUGGGCGGCCUCAUCGGAGGAGGCCUGUUUAUGCUGUGCCCAAGCUGCUCGUCUAUCAGAGCCGGGGGCAAGGGUUGCUGUGGGAAAGGUUGCUGUGGUAACCGCUGCCGGAUGCUGAACUCAGUGUUUUCCUCUGCCUUCGGCCUGCUCGGGUCCGUUUACUGCAUCAGCGUGUCCUCCGCUGGCCUGGCCGUCGGACCCAAGUGUCGCCUGGACACCAACGAAUGGAAAUACCCAUUUGAGGGUCUCGGCUCGGGUAAAGACAGUUACCUCUUCAACCAGACUAUAUGGAGCAUGUGUGACUUCCCCAAAAACGCGGUGAUGUGGCACGUGGUGCUGUUCUCCAUCCUGCUGUGCGUCGGCCUGCUGCAGUUUGUGCUCUGCGCCAUGCAGGUGAUCAACGGCUGCAUCGGCUGCAUCUGCGGGGACUGUCGCGACAGCAAAGACGAUGACGGUGGAUUAUAAAAAUGGACGUCGGCGUUCUAUGUCCUGUCAGGAGGCCUUUAUGUUCACGUUGAAAGAAAAUGUGUAGAAGAACACUGGGAUUUUACUGCGUAUCAUCAUUUUGCAAUAUUACCAUUACAUAUUGUUGUGUGAUUUUUGUGCACUGUCUGAAUUAAUUAAUCAAAUAAUGAAUUGUGUGUAAACUAAGGGCUCCCCAGAAAACAUUUAGUGGAUGUGGAUGUAAAUAAAAGCAUGUGUGUCAGCGAAACGUGGAUGACGAGCUGUGCAAUGAAAACAAACUGAAUAAAGAGGUUUUCUCUCCAACACACAACCA